AUGAGCAUAGCUGCAUGGAAGAUAUUUGCCAGGAGUAGAAAAAAGAUAGAUGCCGGUCAAGUUGCUCAAGAGAAGGUUGACAGAGCUAUGACAAAGCAGAAGGAUCUGUCGGCACAUGCUGUGGCUGAGUUGCUGAGAAUCCCAAAGAGGAAGUUCCCUUUGAAGUCUUCUCCAACUUUCCGAUCUCUCUCAGUUCUGGGUGUACCCAUGCUGUGUAACCUAUAUCUGCGUACCUCUGCAUACUUGCUAGUAAUUUCACUUGCUAGGGUUGGUAUAUCUAUCACUUGGUGCUGGUGUCAUGCUCAUGGUUGUAUACUUCGAGAUGGUGGAGUGUAUCUAGAUAUGGACACUACUAGACGACAUGCUGAUGCAGAUAAAUUGGACAAGCUGCAAGAAGACGUUGUCGAAGCCAACAUUGAGGAGCUAGCCUCCUGGCUAUCAAGUACCAAUCUUGCAGACAUACUGUCCCCUAUUCUCCAACCUGUGGGUGGUCAGGCAUGGGCUUGA